CUUGUAUGUUUUUUUUGAGAAUAAUUUUCCGAAGAUCUGGACAAUCUGUCUGACAACAUUUAUUUGGGUCUGCUUGUUGAAACUAACGGGAUCAUGUGUUUUGAUUGCAAUUCACAAAUUUGAUUAACAGUAAAAGUAAAUGUUAGUGACCUUUUUAGUCGGAAUUUUCAGAGUGAUCCGGGCCUCAUACCAUUACCACAUUUUUAGUCGGAAGUUGUAGUGUUUCGUUGGUGAGCGAUCGAGAACAUUACCGAGGCAAAUACGUGUAAAAGGAAAAUGGAGAAGCGAAACGAGAGAGUAGUAUCAGAGCUACAAUGAAUUGAGAGAUGAAACAAAAAGCAAAAGGGAACUUCAAAUUCUUUCGUGCUAUACGUACUCGCCUCUUAUGAAGUACCUACAUGGAAGAUGAUCCUCAAUGUUGUAUAUUUAUAGUAUGGUUUAAUUAUGUUUAAGUUUCUUGGAUUCCCCACUUAUGAUUAUACUUACAGAGUAGUACUAAUAUCAGAUGACACCAGGGUUUCAUAUAUGAUAAAUGUGCUCUUGCGAAAAUGACACCUCCUAAGAGGUGUGUAGCUUGUAAGCCCAGUUGACGUGUGGCUGACGAGAGGCCUGGGUGCUCGCGUGUGGCUCAGCAAAGACGUGGCAGUCAACGCGUAACUCAGGAGGAGCAAAGCCGCUGAGUUAUAAUUUCGCCAGGCUGACGCACGUAGCGUUCUAGCUGGAGUGCUGGCAAUAGAUAUCAUUGGCACGACUUCCGGAACUGGGUGAAAUUGUGACUGCAAACCACCAGCGAAGAUGGCGGCCACAUUCGAGCAAAAGUACCAGAAGGUGGACAGGACACCACUAGGAGAGGGAACGUAUGGGGAAGUUUACAAGGUACUUUAAUCCUUGUCGACAUUGUCUACUGAGCGACCUCACCUUUUUUCUCUAUACACGUCGUUAAUCAACAUCUUCACCUCACUCCCCUUCACAAGGUAAAAAAUGCGGAGACUGGCGAAAUAUUGGCGAUGAAGAGGAUGAAGCUUCAGGAUGAGGAGGAGGGCGUUCCAUCUACGGCAAUAAGGGAAGUUGCGAUAUUGAAAGAACUGCAUCAUCCAAACGUGGUGAAGUUGUUGGACGUCUGCUGUACGCAGAAUAAGCUCCUCCUCAUAUUCGAAUACGUGGAAAGCGAUUUGAAAAAGUACUUUUAGCUAAUUUCUUCGGGAGUUUGGAUAUAUGACCAGGAUAAACAGGGUAAUGUAGGAAAAGAUAUAAAUUCAGAUUUUUGAUUUUUUAACUGGUUUAACUAGUUACUUAAGUAGCUAGGUUAAUAGAUGGACUUGAAGAAGUACUCUGUCUACUAGUAGAUGUUAGUGUCUUUGAAUCCAUACCUGGAGAUCGAUUUGAAAAUAAGAUACUUUCAUCUCUAUGUAUCACCUUUCGUUUAUAACAACAGGUACAUGAGAAAAAACGGUUCAGGCCCAUUGCCUCCUGAUACUGCGAAAAGCUUCGUAAAGCAGAUGCUCCAGGGGAUAUAUUUCUGCCACGAGAGGAGAAUUAUCCAUAGGGAUCUGAAGCCACAGAAUUUGUUGGUACUUAUAAUAGAAGCAGAGUAUUUUUUAACACUCACUCCAUGGCUUGGCUUUUGGUUUUUACCUUAGAAAAGGUCUGCAUGUUGCAAUCACAUGCGUGCGAAAAAACCAGAACGGUUGUAUGUGUUUUUGAAACUAGUGGCUGGCCUUCGAUGCCGCAGAACAGAGUAAUGAUUUCGGAUUUUGAUUUCGGAUUUUGGUUUCGGAUUUUCGAACAGCUGCUGCCAUUUUGAUUUCGGAUUUUGUCUUCAUCACUAUCCACCAGGUGACAGACAGCGGCCGGCUGAAACUAGCGGAUUUCGGUUUAGCGAGGACAUACUCAGUCCCAAUGCCGAAGUACACGCAUGAAGUAGUCACCGUGUGGUACCGGUCAUUAUGAGGAGAAUACGAGGCGUGGAAAUCUGAGCGGAAAAAUAGAAAUACAUCUUUAGUUUACUAGUUGACUUGACUACAUGUUUAAUACUUUAGUUUACUAGAAGUUGACUUGACCACUUUGUUGAUUGCCGCGACCACUUUCUUGCCAUGCCUUGACUCCGUCGGAAAUGAUAGUAAGAUCCCCUAGAGCAGCUCCUCUUAAGCAUUCCUAGUGGUACCCCUCUAACGUCGCCAGAGAUCCUGUUAGGACAGGAGCUCUACGCCUUACCAGUCGACAUAUGGAGUUGCGGCUGCAUAUUCGCGGAAAUGGGUAGUGGACAGCCUCUUUUUUUAAGGCUUAGACCCUUAAUCUCACUCAAAGGGUUAUCAUUUAUCUCACUUCGUGAGGCAUCCUGAAGACUUUUUCACUCAUUGAGCCUCUUUCUUCACUCAUUUAUCACUCACAUCACUGAAGAAGAGGCUUCCUGUUCCUGUAUGCAAGGGGAUGUUGAAAAAGCGGCCUCAAUAUUGGCCUAUCCAUCUUUGGCCAUAAGGGUGAGUUCUAAUUUUUGCGGGAGAUAGCGAGAUAGAUACGAUAUUCAAGAUCUUCCAGAAACUCGGGACGCCAUCAGAGGAGGACUGGAACACGCUCUAUGAGUUGCCAGAUAUGAAGCAUACAUUUCCGAAGUGGAAGAAGAAACCGUACUACUUACUACUUACUUUUGAUUACUAUACUACUACUUACAACUUACUUUUGAUUAUUACUUACUACUUCCUUUUGAUUACUACUUACUACUUACUUUUGAUUACUACUUACUACUUACUAAUUACCGUGUAGUUUUGAUUAUUUGUCAGACGAGGAGUUUUGGAUUUUGAUGGUAGGAUGAUGAAGAUCUAUUUAUUAUCAAUUGAUUGUGAUCAUCUAUUAUCGGCACCAAACGCUUUUAUCACAUCGUACGGAUAAUUUCGAUGUUUCUUCAAUACAAGCACCCGCUCAUGAACCCUCAGAUGGACAAAAAUCCGCGACCUCGAGAACACUCUAGGCCUAGAGGCUUGCGAUUUGCUAGAGCAAAUCAUGAAAUACGACCCAAUGCGACGACUUAGCGCGAAGCUGUGUCUACGACAUUCCUAUUUUGGUGGGAACUAGGAGGCAGUGGGAACUGGUGGUAGACGUUUUAGCGUAGUGGCUGUCAUGCUUGAGCCCCGUGCAGGCGCAUCCGCGUACGAUACAGCAGCUAUGAAUGGGCACCACCGGAAACUACGCUUUGUUUUCUUACCGUUUAGGCUUAGUUGCGUACAAGUCAGAAUUCUGCUAAAACAAGUAUUACGUUAUCAUUUUUACAUUUAGGUACUCACAACUAGAGCAGGAGUUCAACAAGACCAGUCAUCAAAGGUUUACGAUCAACAGUCAACAACAAGUACCAAGAAGUACAACAACAAGUGGAUAGAUGAAUAUUUGCUUCGUCCAUUGUUCAAGAGUUAUUGGAGUUUUUCCUUAUAGUCACACUUAUAGUUGUGACCUUAGCAUCAAUGUUUCUCUUGUCCUAUCAGCACUAAUGAAGAAGACGAUGUCGUAUUCUUCAUUUAGUUACAGUCAUCUUUUUCUCUUUCGGAAUCGGACUCAGGUUUUUUUUACAAGGCUGCUUGCUUCUACCAGCAGGAGGGAUCGCGCCUCUCAGUAUCCGUGAUUGAGUCGUGUGACGCGCUCGAUGGCUGCGUUGAAGCAGUCAUAGAGUAAUGAAAUACCUAUCAGCUGCGAUAUUAGAGUCUAAUGAAGUAACAACUAUGUAUAAUCAUGCUAUUCUGCCAUCUAGGACAGCACGUAUUAUACAUUGCGGCUGAGAUUAGUAGUGCGACUACUAUGGUGAAACAGUGUUCUUCAGUUGUAUGACUACUUACUGGUGAAGUUGUUACUGUCAAAGUUUCUUGUCUUCGAUGUGAGACUCUUUGGCGACAUUGUCAUUUUUGUACUCGAAAACUGAAAAUAACCGAGUUGCUGACUGAAAUAAGGGAGGUAGCUUUGACAGGGCUACUCUUCGUUGUUCAGUAUCUCGCUUCUUUUAAGUAGUUACGACAAGAGACGCUAGGAGUAGGACAAGAAACUAGAAGAAAACUACAAAGUAUCGAUUAUGGUACUCACCUAAUACGAAAGUUAGUUGACCACGAAGGAGCGCACAAAGUCAUGUGCGCAUUUUUGUUGAUAAAAGUUUGUUAGUAUUCCUAUGGCGCUCGCUUCUUGGAUUGAUGUUGCAGUCCUAUGCUAACCCUAAGCCCUAACGCCUAGAAUCCAUCAAAUUCGCUUUCAUCCUGACAGACUUCUGCUAGUCCUCGUCUUAUGUCUCUGAAUAUAGUACUUAUAUUUUUCUUCUUCAUCUGGAAAAGCAAACUCUAAAAACAGUUUGCUUUUCCAUGUAUGACUGCCUAGUCAGCACUUUUAACUUUCUUUGUUCUGUGGAAUCGUCUCGCAACUUCUAUAGAAGAGCAGCAAGAUAAAGAGUUAUCGAUGUAGGAGGACACUCUUCUAGUUGUCGCGCUGCCUAGAAGAAGGCACCAUCAAAUUUGUGUGAUGACAACCUGCAAAAGACUGCUAACUGCACUUCGCAUUUUUUGACAACAUCACUAGUAUAGUUACAGUUGGAAAAUUAUA